GCUACACAUGACUCGCAGCCACAGGACACAUCACACGGAGAUGCUCCACAUGACAUGGAGACACAGGCUGAUCCUACACAGCAUGCGGAGAUACCACCGCCACCGCAUGCAGAUGUAUUGGAGGAGAGGAGAUUUGAGCCGUAUAGCGUAGCUUUAGAAGCUGCGGCACUACCGCCAGAUUCUAUUCCGGAUCAGCGAGUCCACGGUCCCGCCAAGGUGAGGGAUGAUUGGGAUUCUUAUCAUGCUAUGCGCCCCAUCGCGCAGCAAAGGUACGAACAAGCAAAGCGUAGAUGCCUUGAACUGAAAGGUACCGGGCGACCUCCUAGACGCGGCCGCAAUGCUACUAAGGAAUCGAACCUCAUCCCUGAUAUUAAUCGGAGGGCUGUGAUCCGAUGGGAAAACAGAGUGCCUGUUGGGGUCUUUGCCAAUGCUUUCAACAAUUUCCUUGCCGCUUUAGCCAGGAGACACGAUUUCUUCAACAUAUUUUUGACGUGGAAAUCGCAGCGGAUUGAUACGCUGAGAUUUUUCUUUCUUGACGAUAAUAUUUGUGCCUGGACGUACUGCUUCGGGCAAAUCAAUGUAUCGUUCAAAAGAUGGCGGUUUGAGUUACUGGGAUACGGAUGA